GCGCGCGCACCUCGGGCUGCUUGCCUCUCCCUCUCCCUCAGUGUUGCUGCCGUUCAGGGCUGUGGGCUCCCUGCCCCCCUUUCUCUCCCCCUUCCCCACUCGAGCUCAGGCUUGGGCUUGGCUCCUAGGCCGCGUCCCCCCUUUGGGGGGGAGGGGGGCCUGUGCUGCCAUGGAAACCGGGUCCGGGGACCCCCCCACGCCGCCCCCGAGGCACAACGCCCCCCGCUCGGGUCUCCACGCCCUGAAGGGGGUGCUCCAGCCCCCCGUGGCCUUAGAAGACUCUGGGGUCACCAUGCCAACCCAUGCAGUCACUAUGGAAACCGUGGAAGCCGCCCUGAAGACCAACGCGACCUCCCCUCCGGCUACAGAGGUCUCAUUGACCACCAUGACUGCGGAGAUGUCUCUUGUGGGCAAUGAUAAAGGAAAGGAGGCCUCUACAGCCGUGGAUGGGACUUCGGUGGGAGAAGAUGUGGUCAACUUGGUGGACAACUCUAUAACUGUCAAUGGGACGUCGGGGGCGUCCCAUGACGUUGGGACGGUGUCGCCGCCGCCUCUGAAUGUGGUGAAAGCCCUCCCAAUUCCACCAGCAUCGCCCACCGUGGUCGUGGUGGCCCCGAGCCCUUUGACGCCACCGGAAAAGACUUCUCCCACAUCUCCCAAAGGUUUGGCGCUUCACGAUGCCUCAGCACCCCCGCCGCCCCCCCAGGACAUGGGUUCCCAGUCUAGCCUGGGCACGGUGGCCUCCAAGGCCCCCCCAGCUCCCGACACCUUGAGCUACUUGGAUUCUGUCAGCCUUAUGUCGGGCACCUUGGAGUCAUUGACGGGACCCGGGUUCCUCGAUGAUGCUAGCUCCCUGGGUUCGGACUCCGAGAUCAAUGGAUUGGCGUACCGUAAGACUGACAAAUACGGCUUCUUAGGGGGCAGCCAAUUUUCCGUCACGCUGGAAAGCGCCAUCCCUGUGGACGUGGCCAGGCAGAGAGAACUGAAAUGGCUGGACAUGUUUUCCCACUGGGAUAAAUGGCUGUCACGCAGAUUCCAGAAGGUAAAAUUGCGCUGCCGGAAGGGAAUUCCUUCAUCCCUCCGGGCCAAAGCGUGGCAACUUCUCUCCAACAGCAAGGAACUUCUGGAUCAAAAUCCAGGGAAAUUUGAGGAAUUGGAGCGACAGUCUGGAGAUCCCAAGUGGCUUGAUGUGAUUGAGAAGGACUUACACAGGCAGUUCCCAUUCCAUGAGAUGUUUGCAGCUCGGGGAGGCCAUGGGCAGCAAGACCUUUACCGUAUCCUGAAAGCCUACACCAUCUACCGGCCGGAAGAAGGUUAUUGCCAAGCCCAGGCUCCCGUGGCUGCAGUUUUGCUGAUGCAUAUGCCUGCAGAGCAAGCUUUCUGGUGCCUGGUGCAAAUCUGUGAGAAAUACCUCCCUGGCUAUUACAGUGCUGGACUGGAAGCAAUCCAGCUAGAUGGGGAGAUCUUCUUUGCUCUGCUUCGACGGGCAUCCCCUAUUGCCUACCGACACCUGAAGAGAUACAAAAUCGAUCCCAUUUUGUAUAUGACAGAGUGGUUCAUGUGCAUCUUUUCCCGGACUUUACCCUGGUGCUCCGUGUUGCGUGUGUGGGACAUGUUCUUCUGUGAAGGGGUGAAAAUAAUCUUCCGGGUGGGCCUGGUGCUGCUCCGGAACACACUGGGCUCAGUGGAUAAACUCCGCUCAUGUCAGGGCAUGUACGAGACCAUGGAGAAGCUACGGAAUCUGCCUGUCCAGACCAUGCAAGAGGACUUCCUGGUUCAUGAGGUGAUUAAUCUCCCAGUGACAGAAGCCUUGAUAGAGCGAGAGAAUGCCACCCAGUUGAAGAAAUGGCGGGAGAACCGGGGUGAGCUCCAGUACAAGCCUUCCCGCCGUCUCCACGGCUCCCGGGCAAUCCAUGAGGAGAGGCACCGCAUGAAUCCCCCUUUGUCCGCUAGUGCCAGCCUCUUAAGCCUCACUGGCCUCAAGCAAAGGGUUUCUCUCAGCAGCACGAGCGGGCCCUCUUUCUCUCCAGCGCACUCUGUGGCCGGCUUGGCAGUGUCCGCAGCUCCAACCCCAGCGCCUCCUGCGGCCCAGAGUCAGGUGGUGGUAUCGGAAGGCCUCCAUCCCGCCUUGCCCUCCCCGACUGGGAACAACACGCCCUUGGGAGGCCCCAAGAAGACAGGGAGUGGCAGCAGCAGCAGCAAGGAGGGGAAGCGGAAAGAGAAGGAACGCGAGAAGCAGGAGAAGCUGGAAAAGGAGCGGCAAAAGCAAGAGAGGGAGCGCGAGAGGAAACUGCAGAAGGAACGCGAGAAGCAGGAGAAGGAGAAGGAAAAGAAGCAGCAGAAAGAACGAGCCAAAGAGGAAGCCAAGCUGAAGAAAGAGAGGAAGUUAUCCCUGAAGAAAAAAGAACCCAAGCCUGCCUCCCUGCCGCCCCCAGAAGAGGGGAAAGAUGGGGAGAACUCCGGGGCAUCAGUGCUGCAAGACACAUACUUUUGAAUAGGACUGGGGGAGAGGGGACUGCCUCCUGUCACCUAAGGACCAAGAUGGCAGCUGCUCCCAGAGACGUACGGUGGUGGUGGGGGGGGCAAAGGGCAGGCAGUGGUGUGCCAAGAGCUGCUUUGCACUGAAGCACCCACCUUAGGGCUGCAAUAGGUAGGAGGAUAAUUUACCUAGUGCACAUAUUUCCACCUCCCUUUGUGUGCCCGAGGUGGAUACGGCCCUCCCUCCCCUUCCCCCUUUAAAGGAACCGGGCCAAAACAAAAUGGCUGCUGUUCUCUGGCUGUCCCAGUGCAGAAUUUGCCAAACCCGACAGGUGCAGCAGCACAGCCCUUCCACUUCCCCAAAGCUUGGAGUCUUAACCAAGGAGCUAAUUGUAUUAUUAAUAAUAACUCCAACAUGGGGGUCAUCUCAAGUAUUGUAUAGAAUAAUCUCUCCUGACAAAUAUUUAACUACUCCAGGCUAGAUACACCAGCUCUUCCCGGAAGAUUAGUUUUCAGAGCAAAGGAUGGUCUUUCCUCCCCUCUGCUCUGAGAAGUUAACAAAUUAUUCUAUUGUGGGUUGGAUUCACCUUUGUAAUGCCACUGUGUUUUAAUCCCCACUGUCAUCCCAAAUUCGACAGUCUCCCAAAAGGCUUAUAAAGUAAAUCCCAUUGAAGCCUCCUUGUAUACAAAGAUGCAGGAGACUUCUCCCAGCAUUGAGGAACAGUGCACUUUAUGCAGCUUUCAGAGGCAGGAAGUGUGUCCAUGUGGGGAUUGGGAGACAGCGGCUGACUCUAAUACCCACAGACUCAGCCAUACAGUUGUUACUAUGCAAAUGUUUCUUUAGAUGUGGUCAGGGAAAAGAAACCCACUCUACUGGUGCCUAGAAAGCAUCUCAAGAUUGGUGAGCAAAAGAGGAGAAAUAAGACUGGAGCAGUGGGUUUGGAGCCUCCCUCCUGUUGCUGGCAAACCAUUGAGAGAGGCUUCUGUUCCUAUUAAGAAAACCGAUCUCUUCCCCUGCCCGACAGUAUCGCCAUUUGGCACAAACAUUCCUGAGUGGAAAGGCAGGAGGUCAUCUUUCUUCUGUUGCUUGCAGAAAAGAGACAGCCAUAUUUCUUGGGAGUGCCUGUCACCAAGAAGAAGGCAGUGAUAAAACUGUUUCUGCCAAAGCCCCCUGUAUCAUAAGAAUCAAUUUAGAAAUGUUUGCCCGUUGUUGUUAGUAUGCAUCUAGUCCUCCUUCUGUCCUUACCCGUUCCUUAUGGGAUAUUGAGGGUACAUCUCCAUUACAAAUUUAAACCAGUUGAGAAAUCACUUUGAAAAAAAUUUCAUGUGCUCAAUCUGAGAAUUCCUGGGAUUUGUUUUGGGAAAGAUGCUGAGAAUGGCUCCUGAAUUUUGGAGUCCCAGGCAUUCUUUACAGAAUUUUCAGAGCUUCUUGAGCCAUGACCAUCGAAACUGGUUGAGCAAAUGGUUUCAGUUUGUUAAUGUAGAACUACAUUCCUAAAUGGUGCAUGCUUCAUCCCCUUGCUCCCCAUUGGAAAGGAAACUGGUCCUUUUUAAAAUAACUGGAAUGUAUCUGCGCUUCUUUUUCUCCGUGGUACGCUGUGCGGCCGCAAAAGGAGUCCCUUUCCCCCUUUUUUAUAUUAUCACACACUGGUAUCAGCUUGUUCGGCCUUUGCGGGAGGACAGAAUGGCUUCCUUCCCACAUGGUUUAGGAACUCAAUGGUACCAGCAGAUUACCUGGGGCUGUGGAUCUAAAGUAGGAAUCCUAUGCAUGAAAAAAGAUCUUAGAAAGCUGCAACUGGGAGACUGAGCUGUUUUGAGAUCAAGUUGGGCUAGGGCUACAAAUCUGGACUAACCGUAUGUUGGUAACUCUUCCUCUUUGCCCUUCAGCUUUCACCUUCUGCAGGCUCAGUAUCUCUCUCUUGGGUCACAUUUCUUGCUGUUGUGAAUGAAGCAGUUUCAGAAUUUGGCUUCCCACAGCACACCUGCCCCAAAUGGUGGCUUUUUCCUAAGUCCUCAGUCCCAUUCAUGAUCUAGCAAAAAAGAUCAAGUAGCCCAUCCUCAUCUCUGUACAUAACUGUUCUCUAUAACACAUAUAUUAUAUAUAUGUUUCAGUAUUGUAAUUAUGUAUACAGAUACUUGGGAUUUUUUUUGACCUUGUGCUUUUAUUUAAUGGGACAGACACUGGAAAUUAGGAAUUCAUUUUCUCCCCAUGCCUUUUAUUAUUAUUUUUUUAGGGUUUUUUUUUUACCACCACUCCUAAUCAGGAAGAGCAGAAAAUUAGAAGUUUACAGCUGGUAUAUUCUUGCUGUCCUACUUGUUAAUAUUUUUUUUUGUCGUUUGUGCCUCAUUCUCAUUGGAUUCCCUGUUUCCUGAAUUGCUUUGUUUAAAAAUGUUAACAAAACAAAA